GUACAAGCUUCCGUUAGGAUCACGCUACAAGACUAUUUCGCCACCGUCAAGACAAAGGCCAAUCAAAUCCAUCUAAAAUCAGGAACUGUAUGGGCAUUGGACGAAGAAGCCUGCCUCGACUCAAAUGGAAGUGAAAGUUAUUAGUCGAACAUUUCAACCAACAGCAGUAGUUUCCAUGAAUAUGAUGUUCUUUAUGAGGGGCCAGCAAUGAAAUUAACACCUGCCGAAUCAUCUCAAGGACCCAUUCUUUACACAGUAACAAAGAAAGAUCUUACGUUUGCUCUAACAAGAAACAGUCACACGUUAGGAAACCAGCUGAAAAACCCGCCAUUAUCGACACUCUUGCUAGAGGAAUUAAUGGGAGACAUAUAUCUUCAGGUAAAAACAUUUGCAGCAGGAAAUCAAGAAAAAGAAGUAUUUUCCGAAGAAGUUGAACAUGCAACUGAGUUAUAUGAAAAUUUAGAAUUUUGGUAUUGGUUUGUUUUUUUUAGCAGGAACAGAUUUAUUUUGAAAUAGUAUUUUAUUUCGUUCAUUGUACUUUAGUGAUCAUUUAAUAUCAAUUGGGCAAUUAACAUUUGGCGAUCUUAUGGCAUUUUUGAUGGUAACUGAAAUAAUUCAAAGAUCUUUCUCUCAACUAUCUUUAUUGCUUGGAACAUACGUAAGAGGAAUCAAUUCAAGUGCCUGAAUUUUUUUAAUAUUUUAUUAUUUUUACUUGCAAGAUUUUAGAUAUAUUGUUUAUAAACGAUUUGAAAUUUAUUUUAUGAUACUUAAAUAUACCAACAAUACCAAUGGUAGUCGGAGGAAAGAUAAAAAAGGAUUCUCAGGGAAUAUAGAAUUAAAAAAUGUGAAAUUUAACUAUUCAACUCGGUCGAAUCAUGUUAUUUUGAAGAAUUUUAUUUUGAAUAUUAAUAUAUGAAUACAAAUUAUAAUAUUUUUUCAAACUAUUUCAUUAUAUAUUACGCAUUAUUAAAUGUUAUAGAUCGUAAAAGCGGCGAAAGAAGAUAAUGCUCAUGAAUUCAUUACAAAAUUUCAAUAUAGUUAUGAAAUCUAAAUUGGCAAGAGAAAUGCUAAAUUAACUGGUUGACUGAAGCAACCAUCAAUCUUUAUAUUAGUUGAAGCAAUGUUGUAUAAAAGGACUAAAUAUUGAUAAUUUAUCUCGUAUCUUAUCUUGUAUUCUAUAUGAAUUUUCUAUUUUAGCUUUUUGGAUUAUUAAAGCGAAAGAAUAGUUCACAAUGCAUUAGAAAAUGUAAGCCGAGGUAGAACAGUAUUGGCUAUUAUUCAUAGAUUAAGUACUAUUAACGCUUGUUGUGUACUUGGAGUGUAGGACAUUUUAGACCAACUUUAAACUCAAUUUAAAUCAAGUUAACCCUUUGCACUCGGAGCCAUUUUCGCGUGGAUUAAUUAGCAACUGGAGACGCUUUGUCGCGUUUUUGGUGAAUUUCUUACUUCUAACUUAAAAUGAUUAAACACACAAAUUAUCCUAUCAAACUUUUAUAUUUUAACAUUUUAUGUUAUCUUUACGAAGAUAAUUUCUGAAACAUUAGUCUUUGUAAUUUUACUUCGUAUGAUAUUUCAUAUAACAAUUGCCGAGAUGGAUUUCCGGCUUUUCAGAACAAAUAUUACAAUAGUAUGUUGUUUGAUAUUUUUUGCCGGCUUUAUUUCUUUGAGAGCAGACUUUACAAUCCUUCCUAAUUCUUGUUAGAAUGUUAUACAGUUUUCCAUUCAGGUGGAUCUUUUCGGAAUCGGAGGUUGAGGUUGAAGCUCGAUCACUAUUAUCAUCACUGCUCGUGUUCUCUCUAUCGUCAAGCUGUCUGAGUAUAGAUAUAAUUUCUUCGUUAAGUAACGUUACAUCAAACUCAUCUUCACUUGACUAAGUUCCAUGCUUAGGGGAUUAGAAACUUCAAUUUUUAUAGUCCUUUUGUCACGACUUUCAAGUUCGAACUAAGACCGAAAAUGAAAUCCGGUUGAUGGUUGCACAUUAAUUUCAGAUGAGAAAACAAUACUUCCAUUGGAAACGAAGAUUGUUAUCUUCGUAACAUUAUACAGGAAGAGCUUAGGAACACAAUUGAAUGAAAGAAAACAAGAAGUUGUCACUGUGCAUCGAAUUUCUGCAUCGAAAUAAAGUAGUGAGCGAGUGUCACCUCUCCAGUGCAAAGGGUUAAUUUUUGUCAUUAGGAUUUUUACAGUCAUUUAUCUGUAGUUGAGAUAUGUAUCGUUAUAUACCAAUUGACAGAAUAGUCCGCGUUAUGUCACAGUCGCUGAGUUGUGAUCGAGUAAAUUUUAAAUUUGUAAAAUCUGAAGUGUACCACAUCCCAUGUACACAGUAAAUUAUUUUUGCAUUAAUUUUUGAUUUUCUAUUAUUAAAAAUUUUUAGUCCAUUCAUGCUCUAAGUAAUGUAAUCCUUUAUUUAAAUGUGAUAGAAAUUAUUUUCUAAUUUUAUAUCUCAUUCAUAUUUCAAAUCAAAUGCAAUCGAUGUGAAUGGAAAACUAGCUAUUAUACAAUACUAUAAUGAAAAUAAAAGAAUAGACUCUUUUGAUCAGUUAUGUCAUUUAUUUACUGUUUAACUCAUUUGAAACAAAUUGCAUACCAUAUGUGCAAUGCCUUUACGAGGCUAUGAGACCGAGGUAUAAUAGUAAUGAUGAGCAAUUUUCAGUUAUUCUGAGUAAAAUAUUCGUCUAAAUAAAAGUUGCUUUUUAAUUAAUAAUAUCUGUAAAAUAUACAAAAACAUAAUUUGUCAUUGGUUUUCAUUUGUACCAAAUAAAACAAAACGUUUUGUUUGAAUUUUCGAAAUCUACAUUUUUAAGAAAUUCAAUACAGGAACCCAUAUAUCUAAAUCCAUUUUUCAAAUCUAUCAUUAACAUCAAUAGUAUCACCUUCUAUUCAUACCACCUAAAUGAAAAUCAUUAUCUUAAACCAGCGGGAUCUGCGUAUUCAGAAUUUCUUAUAUGUAAGAAAUAAUAUCUUAAAUCUUAUUAUCUUAAGCGUUGGCUUAGAUAAUACAUUUUUUCUUUUCUUUGACCCAUCUUUAUCCGUGAAUAAGUAAGACAUUUGUUUAAACCACUCCUUACCCGUGAAAAUGGAGCACCAACGACGACGCGUAACAAUUCAGUCUUACAGAAAAUUUUUCGCAGAAAUCAAUUGCACAGACGGUAUGCAAUCAUCUUAUUUAUGCGAAUUGACUUACGAAUUGGCUGAUUUCCAUAGUAAGCAAGGUUUUCUUUUUACUGAAAAUGAACAAUAUAAUGAAAAAAACAAAAAAAUUUGAAUCCUUGGGAUAAGUUUUAUUUUUUACUGAAAAUGAACAAUAUAAUGAAAAAAAAAAACAAUUUGGAUCCUUGGGAUCGUGUUUGGAAAAAUUCACGUUUUCGAAUGGAUUAAUAGAAAAAACUAAUCAUUGAAUUUUAAGAAUUUUCUUCAGUAUUAUUGGAUAUGACUGGUAUAAAUUUCAUAAAGUUAUUGAAAUGUAAAAUGCUGGUAGAAAUGUUACAAUAUUUUUUCAAUCUUGCCUGAAAGAACUCUAUAAGCAUUUUUGUAAGGAUUAUUUAUUAGUGUGUUUUAAUAUAUCAUUCUUUCGAAAUAAUUUAAAAUUAGGAAUUAAGAUCAUAUUCGGAUUUAAUGCUGAGAAAGAUGGAAAUAAAUUCUAUAAGAUUAUAGUAUAUAAAAAACAAUGCUGAUGUAUGAUUUAUCCACAUUCGAAAAACAGGAAAAUUAAAAUUUGAUGUACUUCAUAUAGACACCCAAUAUGUAAUUAGCACAGCAAUAAUUUUUGCGUUCGGUGCAUCGGUCACGAGUAAACAUUUAAUUAUUUUUUUUAUUAUAAUUUUGUACUUUUAUAACUCUUUGUAGAGAUAUGAAUUUGUAUGUAUGGAUAUUUCAAUAAAAUGAAUGGAAAAAAAAAAUGGAAAA